UUGAAAAAUGGCAACUCUGCACCCUGCAGCAGCCAACUUCACGUAAGACGCACCGACAACAAAACAGAAAAUUUUAGAAUUGAAAAACAAAACAGAAUGAACGUCGACCUGCGAUCGUACUCGCGCCAUUGGCUCACGGAGUUUAUCGAGCAGUACCAGGAGGAGGAGUGCCUAUGGCAGCCAAAGCAUACCGACUACAGUAACCACGGAGCGCGCAAUAAAUCCUAUGACCGCCUUGUUGAGAAACUUAAGGAGGUGGAGCCCAACCCGGACCGCGCCAUGGUUGUGAGGAAAAUAAAUUCGCUGAGAUCCGCAUUUCGGAGGGAGUUCCGCAAGUCGUCCAGCAAGAACCACUACGAAACGAGACUCUGGUACUACGACAAACUUCUUUUCAUUGCCGACCAUAAACCCAAGCGACACGAACUGGGCUCUAAGCCAAAACGCGAACUCCAAAUCAGCUUCGACGAUGAAGAGUCUAUGGAAUACGACGAAGAGCCUAACCAAACUGGCGCUCAAUCCCAACACUUGGAGACAAUAGUUCCAGCGUCCGCGGACGUGGAACAGGAAGCGUCCGCCAAUACUGUCGUAGUUAGUAGCCAAGGCGCUACAAUCAGCACCAUUUCAGUGACCCCUGCUGACUGCGUUGCUUUAGUAAAGGAUGAGAGCCAGCACACCCAUGAUGAGGCAGCACAGGCAGCAGCUCAGGCGCAUCAGCAACUGGUAGCGCACGCAGCUGCUCAAAACUCCAUAACGGCACAGGGACACGCCGUUAAAGUGCUUGAAAUCACAUCGCUCGACUCGAAUUCACAGAGAGAAAUACAACAGGCGGUUAACUCUCUGGAGCAACACCAGCAGCAGUUGCAACACUUGCAACAGGCCAAUGGACAUGCGCAAACCGUUCCCACGAUUCAAAUUGGGCGGGACCAUUAUCAACCGCUCUUCGGUAGCGCCAGCACAACCGCAUAUACCACAGCAGCGCCAAGCGCCCCGCAUAGGCCUGACGAUGAGUACGAUGCGAUUGGCGUGAAUGUCGCGAGCAAACUGCGCGCCAUCAACCCCACACAGAGGAUCAUCGCCGAGAAGCUGAUCAGUGACGUUCUCUUCAACGCUCAGUUGGACAAUCUCACAGUCAACUCUGCACUCACGCAGUAAUCUUUGCCGCUGCACUUGCAAACACCAAUAGGAUUAGUAUUUUAGGUUGAAAGAGUGCAUGUCUUUUUAUGAAUCACAUAAUUGUGUCCGUGUCCCCAAACUCUCGGCUGGCCGGCAUUUGUCGGCCGGCUUGCAAUUUAAUGUAUCAUACCGUUUGUAUGUAGUUUUAAUUAAUCUAUACAAUAAAUAUAUUGUAUGUCUUAAGAUCAGAGGAAAA